AGUUUUGACGUUUUUGAAGCAUUCUCAUUCGUAAAUGACAAGUCUGAAACACCUCUCCACAAAAUCCAGUCCGUAUUCUCCAGAAAAUCUCUUACAAAAUUCCUCUUGCGCGCACAAUACAACCAAAGAUCCGGGGAAGCCACAGAAUGAACCACCACCAGCCGGGACUGGCCGACGGCCUCCGAUUCCGUCUACGUAGUCUUAACCCGAUUCAGGGCCAGAGUCGCUCCAGCCGCUUGGUCAGCGGACUGGAGCCGGACAGCAUCGACGACAGGAUGUGCUGGAUCUGCCUGACCGGCGACGAGGACCAGCCGCGACGCGACUGGUUGCAUCCUUGUCGCUGUCGCGGCACCAACAAGUGGGUGCACGAGACCUGUCUCAGUCGGUGGAUCGACGAGAAGCAGCUGCUGGCCCCGGACCUGCCGGUGACCUGCACCCAAUGCCGCACGGAGUACAUUAUUGUGAUGCCGCCGCUGUGCCGAUUCGACUCUAUUCUCGAGCGCCUGGACAAGAGCUAUGAGCGCCUGUGUCCCAGUGUCCUGAUGGGCAUUCUGGCCGCCACUGUCUACUUUUCAGCCGUGACCUACGGGGCGCUUACCCUGCUGGAAGUCGCGGGUUACGAAACGGGCAUGCGGCUGCUGCAGGAGGACCCAACCUUGCUAAUGAUUCUGCUGCCGUCGGUGCCGACCAUCCUCCUUCUGAGUAGGAUGGUGCGCUGGGACGACUGCCUCGUGCGAUGGCUUCGCCGCCAUCAGCGGCAGGGUGUGCCCCCGGAUCAGAUCGAUGAAGACGGGGACCCGCUGCCGGGGGCACCGCUUGGUGAUGACUACUUCGACGACCUGGAACGGGACUAUCCGCCGGCGGAGGCCCUGCAGCCUGGAGCCCUAGGGUCGGAGCACAUCGGCCGAGCCUCGGCCAGCUUCUGCACAGCGCUAAGCCUGCCCACCUUCGCCGUGAUCCUUGGCCAAACACUCUUCUCCAACCUGUACGAGGCCAACAAGGCGGCCGCUAUCCUUCUAGGUGGCAUCACCUUCGUGGCAGCCAAAGGCUUGGCCAGUGUCUACCUCCGGCAGGCUCAGUACAAGCGGAAACGCCACCGCUACGUCCUCGACUAUACUCCGUCGAACCUGUCUCGGUUUUUGCGCCGGCGCCCCCGCAGCUCCCACAACGGGCGACGCUAUCCCUAGUGCCUAGUGCCUAGUGCCUAGUGCCGCCUGUGUCCCGAUCCUCUCAACAAGUGCGCCAAGCAAUCAAUUCAAAUUCGUCACAAAUCCGGAGCUCCGGAUGUAUCAGACAAACGACGGCAGCAGGGACUUGCGUUUUUCAACAUGACUACGACUCUUCACAAUCAAUCCGUUUGUAAAACCUAUCCUGGAACAGAACGCCAUUAAAAAGGAAUAUAUUUGAAUAAAUUGAUAUAAAUCUGAA